CUCUGUCAUGUUAGUGAGAUAUCCAUUGAAGCGCACUCAACGUUCUCCAUUGAAGCGCAGUCGGCGUUCUCCGUUGAAUCUAGUUCUUGUAUCCCCCAUUGAAGUAACUUCUGAGUGAAACAUGUUAAACGAUGUCGUAGAGUUUAAGGAUGAAGAAAGAAUGGUGGCGAAGCUCAAUGAUGAACCGAGCAUGGAAGCAGAGGUAGAAGUACAAGAGGAAGAAGAGGAGGAAGAGGAGGGUUGGUCUUCAGAUUCUGAUAUUGGGGAGGCUUUGGAUUGGUUGGAUUUAAAGGACAUUGAUGAGGGCGGUUAUGAAGGCGGUUCAAUUACCCUUAAUGCUCGACGGCCUAAUGCUCAUGGAGGGGCAUUGUCUAGGUCAAGUUCUUCAACACUUCAGCCUCUCUCGAAUCGUACCCAGAAGUUUACUCAUCACAUCCGUCCUUCUCCUCUAGAGGAAUGGGAGGGCAGGACAAAUGUUGGCAUGUCCAACUCAGUCACUACUGCAAUUCGUGAGAGUGUACGGGGGAUGGCUAUUGGUAAAACAAAGAACACGGAGAAAGCUGACCGUGCAACUGUUGAACAGGCUAUUGACCCUAGGACUCGGAUGGUUCUCUUCAAGAUGUUGAAUCGUGGGGUUUUUAAUGAUAUAAAUGGAUGUAUAUCAACUGGGAAGGAGGCUAAUGUUUACCAUGCAACAAAAUCUGAUGGUGAUGAAUUAGCUGUUAAAGUUUAUAAAACUUCAGUUUUGGUGUUUAAGGAUAGAGAUAGAUAUGUACAAGGUGACUAUCGUUUCAGAUAUGGGUAUUGCAAGCACAAUCCUCGGAAAAUGGUCAAGACAUGGGCAGAGAAAGAAAUGAGGAAUCUUAUAAGGCUGAAAGCAGCAGGAUUACGCUGCCCUACACCUAUUCUUUUGAGACUCCAUGUUUUAGUCAUGGAAUUUAUAGGCAAGGCAGGUUGGGCAGCACCUCGACUCAAAGACGCAUCUUUAUCUCUUGACAAGUUGCGAGAAAGUUAUGUGGAGAUUAUUACAGCAAUGCGGACACUGUAUCAGAAGUGUAAACUGGUACAUGGGGAUCUCAGCGAGUAUAAUAUACUGUAUUAUGAGGGUCACUUGUAUAUUAUUGAUGUCUCGCAAUCUGUUGACCUUGAUCAUCCUCAUGCACUUGAUUUCUUACGUGAAGAUUGUCUUCAUGUUUCUGAUUUCUUUAGGAAAAGUGGUGUGGCUGUGAUGAAUAUCCGAGAACUUUUUGAUUUCAUUGUGGAUCCAACCAUUGCCGAUGAAGCAGUUGAUACUUAUUUGGAAGAGGCACAACAAAAGAUUUUAGCUAGAGGGGAUGUGAUGUCUGCUGAGGAACAAAUUGCAGACUCUGUAUUUGUUCAGUCAUUCAUCCCAAAAACAUUAGAACAAGUCAAAGAUGCUGAGGAAGAUGCAUUUCGAUUAACUAGUGGGAAGGAUACAGGUGAUAUGUACUACAAAACCAUCACUGGACUCAAGUCGGCACUAAGUACAACUGCACAGAAAGACCAAAAGAAUGAGAAUCAAGUAGCAGCUACUCAUUCUGAUGUGAGUGUUAGCGAAUCAGAUUCUGAAGAUGAAAGCGAAGAUGAGGUUGGAAGUUCUGGUGAAUUGGAAGGGAAGGAAAGCAAGCUGUCCCCGGAAGAUAUAAAAGCUUCCAGGAAGGAGAACAAGAAGAAAGUUAAAGAGGAGAAGAGAGAAGCUAGGAAGAACAAAACCCCGAAAGCUGUUAAGAAGAGAAAAAAGAAGCUUUCCAAAUCUCACAAAACAAGGUAGUUAUAUUCUAGAUACAUGAACAUAGAGCAAGUUUUGUAGAAUUAGUCGUCCUGAAGAAAAAAGAACUAAACCUGAGAUGGAAUAUACCAGUUAUUAUUAUUAUUAUUAAUUUUCAAUUUUGGCUAACAUAUUUGAGCUGAAAUUUGUGUUUGUUUAUUGUA